AGUAACUAUCAGCCAGUUGAAAUAAUUUAACUUUGACUUCAGUCAGGCUUGGCAUCCCUAGUUCCAGAAACUGAACCUGGGGAGCAGAGAUCUGCUGCCUCUUAAAUCUCUCAACUACUGUUAUGUCUUCCUUUUGUGGCUGUCAAUUGAUUGUGUAAGUAGGGUGUAGGUGGGAGAGUGCCUGCAGGGCAACCUGCCUGCCUCUGCCUGACCCUCUCCUGUCUCUGUUCUGUUUGUAAACUGACCUGUUGCCAUGGCAAUGUUUGACAUCACCUGUUCAAUGUUGCACCUUCAGUGCAGGGUUUGGUAGGAGAGAAAGGGAGCCGAAGAGAUCCAAGCUCUUGUUUUAAAACUCACACCUUCCAUUAUGACUAAGUGUGCCAAGAAAUAUCGAAAAGGAGCUGUCAGACUGAUGACCAUGGAAAUGGUUGAACAGGAUGACAAUGCAGUGGAUUCUAUGAGAGAGAGAAGUGCUGGUCACCUUCAGAAUCAGCCAGGCCAAAGUCAGAUUUCCUCAGGAUCUGAGGUUUCUGUAGCUGCUUCCAGUGCUGGAAGAGGAUCUCCAGCUGUAACUCUAGUGCAGUUGCCUUCUGGUCAAACUGUUCAUGUCCAGGGUGUCAUUCAAGCCACACAGCCCUCAGUCAUUCAGUCACCACACAUGCAAGCUGUUCAGGUAGCAUCGAUUGCAGAUGAAGCUGCACAAUCAGAAGUGAUAAUUGAUUCUCAAAAACGUAGGGAAAUACUUUCAAGAAGGCCUUCAUACCGAAAAAUUUUGAAUGAGCUCUCUUCAGAUGCUCCUGCAAUAGCGAAGAUUGAAGAAGAAGAGAAGUCAGAAGAUGAAGGAACGCCUUCUGGUAUUUCUGCAAUGGCCAUGCCAACCAGCCUGUAUCAUACUAACACAGGGCAAUACCUUACCAUAUCUCAAGGUGGUACAAUUCAGACUGUGACAAAUUCAGGAGCUCCUCAGCCUGGUGCUACCAUUGUGCAAUAUGCAGCACAAUCAUCUGAUGGCGCACAACAGUUUUUUGUUCCUGGAAGCCAAGUUGUUGUUCAAGAUGAAUAUACCUCUCUAUUUGCCGUACAUUUAAAAAUAUGUUUCUUUUCUACAGCUGCCACUGGAGACAUGCCAGCUUACCAGAUUCGAACUCCCACUACUACCUUACCUCAGGGAGUGGUUAUGGCAGCCUCACCAGGGGCUUUGCAUAGCCCUCAGCAAAUGGCAGAAGAGGCAACACGGAAGAGAGAGCUGAGACUUUUGAAAAAUAGGGAAGCUGCUAAAGAAUGUCGACGUCGGAAGAAAGAAUACAUAAAAUGUCUGGAGAGUCGUGUUGCAGUGCUAGAAGUUCAGAACAAGAAACUUAUACAGGAGCUUGAAACCCUAAAAGACAUUUGCUCUUCCAAAACAGAUUAGUAAAAAUAUUUAUUAUACUGUGAACUAAGAUAUGUCCAGUUGCUUUGUAAGACAAUACAUAGCCAACAUGACUUACAGCUUUCUCUUUGUUUCAUUUAUAAUAUAUUCCAACUCCUAACAUUCCUGAAUGCUUUCCUGCUUUUUGUCAAUUCAUAGCUCUAAUUUCAGGUUUUUCAUGCACCAUCCUUCUGUCUCCCAAGGAGCCAAAUGUUAAAAAAUAUAGCAAAGUAAAAAAAGCGCAGAAUUUCAAAGAGCUGUUUCUUUGCCAUAUAUUUGCAUACUACUUUUUACAUGUUACUGAGUGUCCUGCACAUUCAAAAUAUUUUGCAAUUGUUUUAGAUGAAUCAUAAAGAUAAUGCAUCCAGUAAUACAAGAAAAUCAAACAACCCAGGGUAUCUCAGGAAAGAGUUUAUAAAAGAAUGUUAUGAUUAUGUGUAUGUACUAGCAUACUAGUCUACAGAUGAUUUUAUGGCAUAUUUUUAUAUUAGUUGCUUUGUGGAAAAAAGUAUUGUAUUGCUGUCACUGAGUGCCAUGGUUAAAGAUAGUUUUUAAUAGAACCAUGUUGUUUAACCUGU